AUGGAUACCAACGUCGUACAGUUUUUCAAAUUAGUUUUCUUGCUCUUCUUCCCAUGUAUGUGGACUCCUCAUGAUGCACAGUGGGUACAUGUAUCAUCUACGGGUAUAUCAUCUGCGGGUGACAGUAUUAAUCCUGGUGAUACGCUCAAUUCCUCAACUUACAUAGUUUCUGAAAAAGGGACAUUCGCUUUGGGGUUCUUCCACCGGAUCGAUGGUACUACUACCACUACCGACACCUACUUAGCAAUAUCAGAGAUGACUGAGGCUGAUCAAAUUCUUCCUUUUAAUCUUUUUGUAUGGUUUGGCAGUCGAAACAGACCAAUUGUUAACAACUACUUCUGCUAUUAUAUAGAUAUAGAUAUAGAUAUUGAUUCAGGCAUGCUUACCUUGGACAACAAUGGAACAUUGAAAAUUGUACAAAAAGGUGGGGAUCCUAUAGUUUUAUACUCUCCUCCUCAACCUACCAAAAAUACUGUUGCUACUCUAUUGGAUUCAGGCAAUUUUAUAUUAAAAGAAGUUCAAUCAAACGGAUCAAUUAAAAGGGUCUUAUGGCAAAGUUUUGAUUAUCCUGCCGACACACUUUUGCCUGGAAUGAAAUUAGGGGUCAGGCACAAAACUGGCCAAACUUGGUCACUCACAUCAUGGUUAACUGAUGAAAUCCCAGUUCCAGGGCCUUUGGCUCUUGAAUGGGACCCCAAGGGAUACCAAUUGAUCAUUAAGCAACAUGGGGUGGUUUAUUGGACAAGUGGAGUCUUGAGAGGUAAGACAUUUAAGAAUAUUUCACCAGAGGUAACAUCCAUGUAUGAUAUAAGAAAGUACAGAAACUUUGAAGAAGAAAUAGAGAAACAAUAUGCGAGAGAGAGAAUGAAAAAUUCUGAUUUCAAUUCAAUAAUGAAUCUGUACAAGCUCUGCGUCUAA